GCGAAUUGUCCCUACUAAACGAAUUUAGAAAAUAAGAAACAAGUUCAAGAGUUUAUCGGUGUCGAUAUUCGUUCGCGUUAGAUGCCAAAACUGUCUAACUUUAUCGGCAAUUAUUCAUAUUUAAAAGGCAUCCGUUCAGAAAAUGGCCAGGGCGGUGGUAAUCGGGUCAAUGGGGUUGCUUUUGUGCGGAGGUGUUCUAUCGGUAUGCGUGGAUAAGUUCGCCUUGUCGUCAGUGGAUUCGUACGUCCACAAGACGAGGAAUUCCAGAGCUAUUAAACUAGAGAGUCACAAUUUCAAUCUUCUGGAUGAUUACAUCGCAGUUGAUGUGACGAGGGCCAACGUUACCCAACUAUGUGAAGGCAUGAUCAAGAACUUUCCCAGAUUGGAGACUUUGGCUCUCAUCAACGUCAAUUUGUCGCAAAUAGAACCGGGCGCUUUUGAGAACACUCCCAAGCUCAAAGGGCUCUCGUUGUCCGUAAACCGCCUGACUAGAAUCGAGAACGGGAUAUUCAACAAGAUCCCAACGCUGCGGGUCAUUUAUUUAACCAGGAACGCGAUCGAAACCAUCGAGGACGGCGCCUUCUCGGAAAUGCCAAAUUUGAAAGUCGUUCAUCUAGAUCACAACAAAAUCGUUGAACUGACCGGAAAUAUAUUUUUCGGCAGCAGGAAAAUUUCAUUCGUGGAUUUCAGUCACAAUUCAAUAAAGGAAAUCGAUGCCAAAUCGUUUGACGAUUUACGGCCGGGACCGGCGAUCAAAAAACUCAAUAUCCUCCUCAAGAAAAACCUCAUAACUAGAGUGGACAAGGCGGCUUUGGAGGGACUUAGCACGCCGGUCGAUCUCCAUUUAGAAGUCAACCAAAUAUACCUCACCUCUGAUAUAAUGCACGGAGUCCGAGAGGGUAGCGAAGUGUAUUUAAACGGAAAUAAUAUAGAAUGCAUCCCUGACGAUGUAAUCGACGAGGUCGAGACGAAGCGGAAAACUUUGCAUAUCAAAGGCAAUCCGCUUAAUUGUGAGUGCAUGAAAGUGUUGGAGAAUCGAUGGAACGAAGACAUCACCAACGUGGGAGAGUUGUAUUUCGAAUCGACGCUCCCUUGCAGUGCUUUUCCCGAACUGUUCCUUUAAAUUUAUUGUGUUUCGGUCGGUGGAACGUUGAAACCGAACUACGAUAGGCUUCUUGGGCACAAAUCGGAAUUUAUACACAAGGUCACAAUUUGAUACAAAAGCAGUUACGUAUUCUUAGCGGUCAUCUGGCAGACUGAAAAAAUAGAAAGAUAGAUUCAAGAAAACAUAUUCUUCUUCUCAUAGUUUUAUUCCACCCUUUUCUUUGCCCAUUAUACGAUAUCACAACUCGAAUGCUUCCAGUUUCUGUUGUUCGUUCACCACAGUUCCGAGAUAAGUUAUUAAUGUUGUCUUUGCUUAUAAUAAUUAUUUUAUCUACAGUCUGUUAUAAUAUUUAUAAGAUUUUGCAACUCCUCUAUGGUGUCGGCGAAAAAAACGAAAAAUAUAUUGCAAAACCAUUUAAAACAAAACAUACAAAUGUAAAACCAUUAAUACGUACAUAGUUUUCCAUGUACAAAUAUAAGCAAUUAGUUUUAGCUGAACGAUAUCAAUUCUCCGAAUUCAAAUUAACGCCUAAAUAACAACGAUGCUGAUGCUAGUCUAGGAAUAGAAAUAUAACAUUAAUUUAAGAGUUUUUUGCAGAAUAACAAGCACCCAUCAAUAUAGUUUGCAAAACUAGAAUGUUAAUCAUGAUUUACUAUUUUCUAUUAUUAAAUUGUAAUUAAAUUAGAAUUUUAAAUAUAUCCAGAUAAUAAUAGCGUAAUGGUCUAUAUAAAGAAUAUUAAAAGAUCAGACAUAUUUUACCCUUAAGCAUAGCUAUCGUUACCA